CGGGGCCGGACCGUGCACAGGGACUGCGACUCCGCUCCGGAGUGGCUCCUUGGCUUCCCAGGGUCGCGGUAGACGUGCAGCUAACUCGGUGCGCCGGGAGCCUUUUGGUCUUGCCAGCUCACCCCUCCCUCAGAAACUCGGACCGUUUGCGCCCGGAGCGUGGCUUUUUUCUUCUGAAAGGCCAGUGUUUACCUCUCGAGUUCAAGUCCAGUCUCCUCCCCUUAAGUCAUUGCCACCAUCCUUCGGCAGCCUCGGAAGGCAAGGAGACCCGGGCUGCUCGUCCCAGAGCCUUGCGCUGGCAGUCCCGGUCUGUCCGGCGCUUUCGCUUCUCCCUCCCUCUCUUACCCCCUCCCUUUCUCUCUUCCUCUCUUUUCUCCUCUGCUUCCCCCUCCUUCUCUUGUCUCUUAAGUUUCCUGCACCGUGAAUCCAACUGUGCCAAGCCUCCCACGGAACCAAGCCUGAGCGCCACCCGGGCACGGAGACGCGGACUCCGCCGAGGCUGAAGGAGGCAGCGGGACCGGUCCGCGCCCGAGCAUGGAGCUGAAGCGCCAGGGAGGGCAUGUGCGGGGCGCCGGAGACGCCAGGCCCGAGUAGCUCCUCCAUGGAGCCUGCCCAGAGCGGUCCCUGCUCGCCGAAUUCGCCCCCAGUCCUGUGCGGCUGCUGAGAGCGCUCCUUGCUCUGUAAAGUGGAUGUCAGGUGGAUCUAUGUUUUUGAAGGAACAAAGACUCAGCGAAAGCACCGCCGAGGAAGUUUGAGACGCGGGAGGAUGCAGGCUGCGUGCUGGUACGUGCUUCUCCUCCUGCAGCCCACCGUCUACUUGGUCACAUGUGCCAAUUUAACAAAUGGCGGAAAGUCAGAACUUCUAAAAUCAGGAAGCAGCAAAUCCACACUAAAGCACAUAUGGACAGAAAGCAGCAAAGACUUGUCUAUCAGCCGACUCCUGUCACAGACUUUUCGUGGCAAAGAAAAUGAUACAGAUUUAGACCUGCGAUAUGACACCCCAGAACCUUAUUCUGAGCAAGACCUUUGGGACUGGCUGAGGAACUCCACAGACCUGCAAGAGCCUCGGCCCAGGGCCAAGCGAAGGCCCAUUGUUAAGACGGGCAAGUUUAAGAAAAUGUUUGGAUGGGGUGAUUUUCAUUCCAACAUCAAAACAGUGAAGCUAAACCUGUUGAUAACUGGGAAAAUUGUAGAUCAUGGCAAUGGGACAUUUAGUGUUUAUUUCAGGCAUAAUUCCACUGGUCAAGGGAACGUAUCUGUCAGCUUGGUGCCCCCUACAAAAAUAGUGGAAUUCGACUUGGCACAACAAACCGUGAUUGAUGCCAAAGAUUCCAAGUCCUUUAACUGUCGCAUUGAAUAUGAAAAGGUUGACAAGGCUACCAAGAACACACUCUGCAACUAUGAUCCUUCAAAAACCUGUUACCAGGAGCAGACCCAAAGUCAUGUGUCCUGGCUCUGCUCCAAGCCCUUUAAGGUGAUCUGUAUUUACAUUUCCUUUUAUAGUACAGAUUAUAAACUAGUACAGAAAGUGUGCCCCGACUACAACUACCACAGUGACACACCUUACUUCCCCUCCGGAUGAGGAUGGACAUGGGUGAGACUGAAGCCUGAGGAAUUAAAGGUCAUAUGACAGGGCUGUUACCUCAAAGAAGAAGGUCACAUCUGUUGCCUGGAAUGUGUCUACACUGCUGCUCUCGUCAACUGGCUGCAAAUACGCUAGUGGAAAACAAUCUGAUGUAAUUUCUGCCCAGUCAGCUUCAUCUCUCAGCAUAGUUGUAAAUCACUACCGGUUUUAAAGGCACACUUGAAGACACACUCUCACACAUAGAUAUACACAAACACACAUUCAUAUACAUUUCAGCUUGCAUCUGUCAUGAUUCCUGUCAGGAGGGCUUUCAUUAUCUGACUCAUAAUGGUUCAGGAUAAACUAUCAUCAAGCAAAAGGAUUAACUAGACAGUGAAUGGUUUCUAACACUUGCUGUUAUGGAAAUCUCUUUUAAAGUCUUGAGUACAUGCGAAUCAAUAAUCCCCACUCAUGCAUUCCUACUGCUUGGAGUAGCUGUACUGGUAAAUACUACUGUAGGAGUAUAUGCUUGUUCAAAUGGAAAAAAAAAAUGUGUCUUUAGAGCUCAGCAUUCUUUAUUUUAUGAACACAACAAAGUGUAGUAACUUUUUUCCAGCAUACAGUAGGCACAUUCAAGGUAAUAUAAGAUGGCUCUUUUUUUUUCCUAUGGGGGGAGCCUGUUUUCAGUAAAGAUGAGCAAACAUUUGGAAUUUACAUGUGGGCAGACGUUGGAUUACAGCUUUCAUCACCAGUCAUUGGACUUUCGCAAAGUUGAGACCAACUAAGGCUGCUUAAAACAAGUUCUGAUCAUUAUAAGAAGGAAAAUGCCUGACAGACACCAUGUAAGUUAUAAGUGUCUGUCUUAUCUUUACUACACAUAUUGUAACAAAUUCAAUAUCCUAGUCUUCAUUUGUAUGAAUGGUUUGUAUUGUACAUAGUUUAACCAAGUGUUAUUUGAGCUGCUUAUUAAUAUUAACUUGUACUUGUCUCUCUGCUUGUUAUUGGUUAAAAAAGAAAAAAAAGGAUAUGAGGAAUCCAUUUUAUCGAUGUAGCUGUGACCUCCAUUAAAAAGACAAACUUAAUGUACAAAGCAUUUAUUCAGCUCAAGUAUUGUUGAAAGCUAUACAUAUACAACAUUACAGUCUGUCUGUAUUUAGAUAUUUUAUUUCUGGACAAAAUGAAAUGUACAUAAAAAUAAAAUGCUUAAAGUUGAGUUUCAA